AUGGGAGACUGCGCAAGUAGGCCAAGCGAAAAAGAGCUCGAAAUGCAUAUAACCUGCUCCAACCCCAAAAAUGACCAGCAUUUUCAGUUCGUGCCUUAUACAGCCCUGACUGAAAUUUCUGUACAAAAUGAAACUAAUAUUUAUGUUCUUGAAAGCAAAAAAAAACAGUUCCAGAGGAAGAAAUUGGAAUAUCAGUAUAAGCAUGAGAACGCUUUGCAAGGGGUUCCACAGAUUCCGGAGCUGAAUAUAGAGGUGCAAAAAGGUGCGAAUUUUUAUAGCGACUCGUUUUGUAUAAGCCAAGGAAAUCCAUAUGUAUCAGUUUCUUUGGAACCGAAUGGUCCAAAAAUUGAUACUUAUAUAUCAGAUAGAUAUAGACCUUAUUGGUAUAUAGGAAUCUAUAUAAAAGGGUCAGAAAGCAGCUAUUGUUAAUAUAAAUUAGAAUUUAUAAUAAUAAGGCAUAGGUUUAUCCAAUUUAAACAGUCAUUGUGGUCAUAUAAAAGCGUGGUCUUUAAAGUCAUGAUGAGGUCUAGCCUUAAAGGUGACCAAGUAUUAGGGACUCAUGAAGUAAACUUAAAAAGCUUAGAAGACCAAAAUCUAUAUGAAGGAUGAUAUAAUUUGAGUAACUGCACACAAACUGACAAAAUCCCAGCUUUAAGGCUAAGAAUGCAAUUGACUAAAGACGAAAAAAUGCUUUGGGCAAAAUUAAUUGCAACUUGUGACGAAAAACUAAAGAGAAUUGAAAAAAGAAUUGAAGAAAUCCAUGAAUCAAGCUAUAGCUCAAAUUAG